GCUCAAGGCUGGAGGAGAAGCCCUUCAGCGAGAUGGAAAUGUCGUACAUCAAGCAAGGAGAGGAAGCCCUCCAGAAAUCACUCAGCAUCCUCGGGGACCAGGACGGCUGGAAGACAGAGACGGGUAACGGAGACAAGGUGCUGAGCAAGGUGCUCCCAGACGUGGGCAAGGUGUUCCGGCUCGAGGUGGUGAUGGACCAGCCCCUGGACGCGGUGUACAGCGAGCUGGUGGACAACAUGGAGCAGAUGGGAGACUGGAACCCCAACGUCAAAGAAGUCAAGAUUCUCCAGAAAAUCGGCAAGGACACAGUGAUCACCCACGAGAAGGCGGCCGCUACCCCUGGUAACAUCGUUGGCCCUCGGGACUUUGUGAGCGUCCGGUGCUCGAAGAGACGUGGCUCCACCUGCGUCUUGGCCGGCAUGGCCACCAAGUACGGCGCCAUGCCUGAGCAGGACGGAUUUAUAAGAGCCGAGAACGGUCCCACGUGCAUGAUCCUGCGCCCGCUGGCCGGCAGCCCCUCGCAGACCAAGCUCACCUGGCUCCUCAGCAUCGACCUCAAG